AUGGCUCCGUCAGCAGUCUCCCCCCUGCGACGGCCCGUCGACUCCGGGGCCGCGCAGCCUCCGCCCGGCAACUUCACGGGCUACGACCACGUAACGUGGUGGGUGGGCAACGCCAAACAAGCAGCAGCCUACUACGUCAACCUCUUUGGCUUCGAGCACGUUGCCUACCGGGGCCUGGAGACGGGCAGCCGGUACUUCGCGUCGUACGUGGUGGCCAACAACGACGUACGCUUCGUCUUCACGUCGCCGCUGCGCUCGGCCGCGCACCUCGAGGCCUCGGAGCCCAUCGAGGCCUCGGAAAAGGCGCUCCUGUCAGCCAUGUACGCGCACCUGGAGCGGCACGGCGACGCCGUCAAGGACGUAGCCUUUGAGGUGGACAACGUCGAGGGCGUCUACCACAAGGCCGUCAAGGAGGGCGCCGCGGCCGUGCAGCCGCCGCAGCGCCUCGACGACGGCGAGCACGGCUCCGUGACGACGGCCGUGAUCCGCACCUACGGCGACACGACGCACACCCUCAUCAGCCGCGGCGCCUACUCGGGCCCCUUCCUCCCCGGCUUCAGGGCCGGGCUCAAGCGGUCGACGGCCAGCGUGGCCCUGCCCCGCGUGCGCCUCGCCCGCGUCGACCACUGCGUCGGCAACCAGGGCUGGGACGAGAUGGCCUCGGCCUGCGCCUUCUACGAGCGCUGCCUGUCCUUCCACCGCUUCUGGUCCGUCGACGACAAGCAGAUCUGCACCGAGUUCUCGGCCCUGUCGUCCAUCGUCAUGGCCUCCCCCAACAACCUCGUCAAGAUGCCCAUCAACGAGCCCGCGCCCGGCAAGAAGAAGUCCCAGAUCGAGGAGUACGUCAUCUUCAACGCCGGCCCGGGCGUCCAGCACAUCGCCCUGCUGACCGACGACAUCGUCGCCGCCGUCACCGCCCUCCGCGCCCGCGGCGUCGACUUCAUCAACGUCCCGUCCACCUACUACGACACCAUGCGCCAGCGCCUCAAGACGGACCGCCGCAGCUGGCACCUCGCCGAGGACCUGGACACCAUCCAGCGCCUCAACAUCCUCAUCGACUACGACGAGGGCGGCUACCUGCUGCAGCUCUUCACCAAGCCCCUGAUGGACCGUCCCACCGUCUUUAUCGAGAUCAUCCAGCGCAAUCACUUUGACGGCUUUGGCGCCGGCAACUUCAAGAGUCUGUUCGAGGCCAUUGAGCGCGAGCAGGCCGAGAGGGGAAACCUGUAG